AUGUCCACUCCAGCACAGCACGAGCCCCUCGCAACUUUUGAACUCCCGGAAGGGCCACAUGGGAGUAGCGACCCGACACAUCUCCCCUCUGACUCGAUGGGAAUAGCUGAAGCCGAAAUGGAGAAUAUCAAGACAGAAUCGAGUCCAUACCUCACUGCUGAAGCUCCUGACGGUGGCACUGCGGCUUGGUUGGUGGUUCUGGGUGCUUGGUGCACUUCGUUCUGUAGUUUUGGCUGGCUGAACAGUGUUGGCGUCUUCCAGGAAUAUUAUCAGAACGUCUUGUUGAGCACCUACUCUUCAAGUGAAAUCGCUUGGAUCCCUUCGCUGCAGAUCUUUUUCAUGAUGGCCAUGGGUCCCGUCGUUGGUACCUUGUUCGACAGAUAUGGUCCUCGCUGGCUGCUCUUCAUCGGUAGCCUGCUUCACGUCCUCGGCGUCAUGAUGACCAGCCUGGGCAGCCAGUACUACCAGGUCUUGCUCGCGCAGGGUGUCUGCUCGGACAUCGGCGUUGCCUGCAUCUUCCAGCCGGCUAUGAACGUCAUCGGCGGCUGGUUCGACAAGAAGCGCGGUGCCGCCUUUGGAAUCCUCAGCACUGGCUCCUCGCUUGGGGGUGUGGUUUUUCCCAUCAUGGUGAAUCGCCUGAUCUGCCGUGCUGGCUUUGGCUGGGCUAUGCGUGCCAGAGGAUUCCUCGUUCUUUUUAUGCUCACCAUUGCAAACCUCACGAUUCGAGCCUAUCGCCCGCCGCAUCCACAAAAAGUCACGGGUGCCAUGGUACGGAAGCCCUUCACGGAACCCGAAUUCGUCCUCCUCUCGGCUGAUCUGUUUUGUUUUACCUAUGUCCUCUUCGUUCCCAUCAACUACAUCACCAUCCUUGGUCUUCACGCAGGCAUGGAGACUAACCUAGCGGAAUACCUUGCCCCCAUGCUCAACGGAGGCUCCCUCUUCGGUCGGCUCCUUAUCCCAACUAUAACCAACGCAUCGCUUAUUGCCUUUGCGGUGCUCUUUGGCUUCUCUUCAGGCGCAUACGUUUCGCUCAUCACUCCCUUGGUUAUGCAGAUCUCUCCCCCUAACGAGAUCGGUCUUCGUACGGGCAUCAUCUUCUUCGUCAACGCAGUAGCCGGCCUUACGACCAACCCGAUUAACGGCGCUAUUUUGGCCAAACCAAAUGGGUGGAUUGGCAUGAAGCCCUUCGCUGGGAUUUUCUGCCUAGUCGGUACGACGUUUGUGUUAGCGGCGAGAGUCUAUAAGACCGGAUGGAAACUCAAUGCUAUAUUCUAA